UUGCGAAUGAGCGACAGGUUUUCGUUGUUUUCAUUCAAUAAGUGGAUAAACGUAUAGAUAACUCAUUCAAACAAGUAUAUUAAUCAAAGACGGAUUGACCUUUACAAAACAGAAAUGUUUUACCAUAUUUCUUUGGAGCAUGAAAUAUUGCUACACCCGAGGUAUUUUGGUCCUAACCUCCUGAACACUGUGAAGCAGAAGCUCUUCACAGAAGUGGAGGGUACCUGCACUGGCAAGUAUGGUUUUGUCAUUGCAGUCACCACCAUUGACAACAUCGGGGCAGGUGUAAUCCAGCCGGGCAGAGGGUUUGUCCUGUAUCCAGUCAAGUACAAGGCUAUUGUGUUUCGCCCAUUUAAAGGUGAAGUGGUGGACGCUGUGGUGACUCAGGUUAACAAGGUUGGAUUGUUCACAGAAAUCGGUCCCAUGUCUUGCUUCAUCUCUCGCCAUUCCAUCCCCUCAGAAAUGGAGUUUGACCCCAACUCUAAUCCUCCUUGUUAUAAGACAGUUGAUGAGGACAUUGUAAUCCAGCAAGAUGAUGAGAUCCGGCUAAAGAUCGUGGGAACAAGAGUGGACAAGAAUGACAUUUUUGCCAUUGGAUCUCUCAUGGAUGAUUAUCUGGGUCUUGUGAGCUGAUUUGCGCCAGAGGGAGUAAAUAUCACAUUGGGCAGUUUUUGUUGUAGCCUAGCAGUUUCUUUGUUAAAAACAAUAUUUUUCUACUCCAAUAUGGUAUGGGCACAGAUGUUGAAUCCCUGUAACUACUUCAUUUCAUUACUAUGAUGAACAGUCUAGAUCUGAUUGGUUUUUAUUGGAACUGCUGUGAAAUUCAAAGAAAAUAUAAACAAGAGAAUGCUUGCUAAAUUGGUAGCAAGAUGAUUUACAAAGUAGCCAGCGCAAUUAACAGUUUCUUUCAUAUUGAAUGUCAUUUUCAUUAUGUAUUGUUUGCUUUUGUAUGUGGACCAUAAUAAAAUAUUUUAUUUGUUCUUA